AUGCAUCACUGCCUUUAUAUCACGGAGAUCAUAGGUAAAGUGGUCGAGUCUCUUGCUGACGACUACUAUGCUGCCAGUCUUAACGACGACUCAGAGCUAUAUGUAUCUCUUCCCAACUACGACGAAUAUGCCUCUGCCUUGAAUGCACUCGCUCGAAUGUGUAAGGUAUUUCAAGAACCGGCUUUGAAUGCCCUGUGGUGGCAGCAAGGAAGCCUAGGGAAUCUUGUACGAUGCAUGCCGAAGGACUUGUGGGAGGUCACGGACAAUGGGGAACUAAUUUUCCGUGGAUAUCCCUUACCCUCCGAGUGGGACCGAUUUUGUUUUUACACUGUGAAAGUCCGGUUUAUCCUCAUUGGGGAUGCAGACCACCAGGACGUCAUAGCAGCACUCUCCGUUCACCACCGGACACCAUGCUUUCCGAACCUUCAAGAACUGCACUGGUGUCUGAGGACCGACACACUUGCAUACAUAUCGUUCUUCCUUGUGCCUCAUCUUUGCAAGCUGCACAUUAGUCUCCUUGGUCCCUUUUCUCCAUCGAGACACCUGGCCUCUUUCCUGGACUUCGUCCAAGCACAAACUCCUUCAUUGAAGUCUUUAGCCUUUGAGUGUGGAUUACACAACAGAGUGAACAUGUAUGCGCUGCUAUGCCGAUCCACACCAUCCUUCACUAGCCUCUCGACAUUGAAAUGGGACCUGCCUCUAACUGCCAACGAUAUAGUGCAAAUAGCAGUAUUACCAAAUGUGCAGACCCUGAAGAUGACCUUGAUGAAGGAUCACACCGCGCUGCUCUGGUCGAGUCGUAAUGCGGGCCAUCCCUAUCCGGCCCUUCGCCAUCUCAUCCUCAAGGCAGACAGUCUAGUCACCUGCGCUGAACUCCUUGAUUAUCUGCGGCAGCGUCCCCUCUGCUCUCUACAGGUGGGAGUCAAGGACUUUACGUUCGGUGAUAUCAUGCUUCUCAUCGAUCGUCUUUGUUGCUUUCCUCUGUUAGAAUCCUUGCGCGGCAUAGUUAUCCGCGGAUCGUUCAACUCACCACGCACUCUGGUACCAUUACACCUCUUCCAGCCUCUGCGUCUCUUGAGGCACCUCGAAGGAUUGCAGCUUCUGUUUCAAGGCGGCUUCACGGGGCAAGAUGCAACGCUGCUCACCCUGGCUACCUCGGCAUACACACAUGCGGAGGCUGAGCCGAGCUUCUCACUCCAGGCGCUCGCCGCACUCGGGAAGCAUUGUCCCCGCCUCAGCAGUCUCAGCCUGGCAGGCCUGUUUAUCAACGCUAUGGACGAUGGUUACGAGGCUACAACCCCUGAGGAAGCGAUGAUAUAUAACCUCGAGAUCAGUCAUUUGCAGCUUGGGCAAUCCCGUGUUAGCGACCCACUGGCGGUAGCGAUGUUUUUGUCAAGACUGUUUCCGAACCUCGUAACUAUCUGGGCAAUGGACGAGAAUGGGGGCCAAGUGAAAUGGGAUGCGGUCAAAAGUAAUUGCACUGACGGGAAUAUGACCACGUUCGACGACAAACAAACUGGGAUAGAACAGUAG